GACAUGAGGAAGAAACCUUGAAAGGAACCAAAAUCAACAGGAAACUCAUCCUCUUCUGGUUGAUGCCAGAUAUUGGGAUUUUAAUUCGUUACAGUAUACAGCUGUAGAAAAGUAAAGACACAGAACUAGCAUAGCGUGUUGAAAGGAUGGUUAUGUUCAGUGUGAGCACAUAGUGAAUUAAGGUCCUUGGAAAGCCACAAGAUUACUUAGAAGGUACAAAUCUACAGUAGGAUUAUCCAGGAAAGCAAGGGGACUUGGCUUGAAAAGUGCAAAUGUAUUUCUGUUUGUUUGGUGUAAUGUAUUUCGUUGAUCCCCACUGACUCAUUGAUCGUUACUCUUGUAUGUAGAUUCUAUUCUUGUAAUGUUGUAAGCACGUACAGUUGCCCUUAUAGCGAAAUGUGCUUUCAGUCAGACAGACAGAAAUCCAGUUGCUGUCUUACUCAUAGAAUUGACUUGCCUACGUAUAUGUCAUUCCUUAUUUGUUAGUUUUAUGAAAUAAAAGGGUUGCUGCUUCCAAAACAUUGAGUUGCUAUUCAUGGAAUAGUUGUGGCACCUGUUUUUAUGUCAGAUAACUUUUUACAACAAGGCUUAUGUUCUUGUUGGAUGUCUUGUGAAGUGGUUUUAGCAAAUCGAAUUUAGAUUUGUUUCAAAUGUCGUUGGUGAGUUUACACCAUGCAGGUAGAAUCUUGAUAGUCAUGUCAAUGUUGACUCCUCUUAAGCAUGCAGAAGUUCAACAAGACAGGAAUACUGAUGGGAUUAACCACUGAUGGGUUAAUCUUCAACACUCCGUGACCCAGACAAUUUUCCCUGGACCUCUUGUCUGUUUUGGACUGUUGAAACUUAAAUUGUCCCUAACCAUAACACAUCCAAACACACACACACAUUUUAUUUUUAUUUUGCCGCUUGAACGUUUAAAAACUAGCAAAGUUGUCAAAUAACUAAAAUUUUCUAACAAUUUGUAUAAGAAGAAUUUUUAAAUUUGUUUAAAGUUAAUGUUGGAAGAAAAGAUUUGUCUAGAAUAUCUGUAGCAAAUUACUGGAGGGUAAAAUACUGUAUAAGAAAAACAUGCACAUGACAAUGCCACUGUGCACAAAGAGACCAGGAAGUCCAGAAAGAGUUGAAUCUGGACCUGGACCUCUACCCCGAAUGCAGAUUUCCACCCCAGGACUCUUCACCUUGACCGCAGUGUCCUGACCUAAGGAUGCUCAAGUGUAAGAUGAUCACAUUGUCUACAAACAUUUGACCAUAUAGUGCAUGCAUGAAUUUGUACUUCAGAUUCAAUGAUUAAGGACAAAUUCUGAACAGUUUUUUUCUUCCUGUGCUUUUAUUUUUUUGCAUAAUCUGCACACAGUAUCAUCAGAUCCGUAUUAUGAGAAGACAUUGACUGAUAUUCUACUAGAUAUGAUUUCAGUGUCGCUGCCGUGUUGCGCGCUUGAUCUUUAUUUGUUGUAGCUUCUCCUUGGGCUUUAGGCUGAUGUUGUUUCAUAAUAAAGAGUGAGCAAAAGUGUGAGUGUUUUUCGUUUCGAAUGAAGCACGUCUGGAUGAUUUAGAGAGUUUCCUGUGAGUGAAAACAGGCGUUAGCUGCAGCAGAGCCAGUUCUCUGGAUUAGUGCAGGUCUUUCGGCUCUGCGUAAAUCAGCUGUAACAAGGUUAUACAUUUACGCACUGUUGAUCCCAUGGCCAAAGGAAACGAGGACUCGGCGAAGGGCUCGUGGAAAAAGCAAGUCGAUGACAUCAAGAAGAUUUUCGAGUUUAAGGAGAUUCUCGGGACUGGAGCUUUCUCAGAAGUAGUCCUUGCUCGGGAGAGAGCCACGGGCAAGAUGUACGCGGUCAAAUGCAUCCCAAAGAAAGCCCUAAGAGGGAAAGAGACCAGCAUCGAGAACGAAAUCGCUGUGCUCAGGAAGAUCAAGCAUGAGAACAUUGUUGCACUUGAGGACAUCUAUGAAAGUCCCAACCAUCUGUAUCUCAUCAUGCAGCUUGUAUCUGGAGGUGAGUUGUUCGAUCGAAUUGUGGAGAAGGGCUUCUACACUGAGAAAGAUGCCAGUGCUUUGAUCAAACAAGUUCUGGAUGCUGUCAACUACCUCCACUCUCUGGGCAUAGUCCACAGGGAUCUGAAGCCCGAGAAUUUGUUAUACUUCAACCCACAUGAUCAGUCUAAAAUAAUGAUUAGUGACUUUGGCCUGUCGAAGAUGGAAGGAGCAGCAAAUGACAUCAUGUCCACUGCCUGUGGGACUCCAGGAUAUGUUGCUCCUGAGGUCCUAGCACAGAAGCCAUACAGUAAAGCAGUAGACUGUUGGUCUAUUGGGGUUAUUUCUUACAUAUUGUUAUGCGGCUAUCCUCCUUUUUACGAUGAGAAUGAUUCCAAACUAUUUGAGCAGAUCCUUAAGGCUGAGUAUGAAUUUGAUUCACCUUACUGGGAUGAUAUCUCAGACUCAGCUAAAGAUUUCAUCAGUAAUCUAAUGCAGAAGGAUCCAGAGAAGAGGUUCACGUGUGACGAGGCUCUUCGGCAUCCCUGGAUAGCUGGAGACACGGCUCUAUGUAAGAACAUUCACGAGUCUGUCAGCCGGCAGAUGAAGAAAAACUUUGCUAAAGCCAAAUGGAGGCAAGCAUUUAAUGCUACAGCAGUGAUUCGACAUAUGAAGCGCCUGCAGCUGGGCAGCAGUUUAGGCAGCAGCAUGGACACCACACCGCACAGGACUGAGAACCAAGCACCCAUGCCUGUCAAAAGCCAGUCGAUCGAUGUCUCCUCCAUCAACCACAAGGACUAUGCGUCCCAUCAAGUCCCAAACACAGGGGUGACAGAGAAGCGAUGCAAGCGGCCUUCCACCGUCACCACCAUCAUCACGGGGUCCAAAUGAAGCGCUUUCCCAGAAAGCCAUUUGAAAGUUACUGUACUUUCACAAUUCCUCAGUCACCUCUCGCCACCUUCACGCACCUUGUUCAAUCCUUGUUGUGCUAGUCACCAGUCAGUAGCACACUGUUCUGCAUGACAGUAACAGAAUCACAGAAGGUGCCCAGAAGUCCUGCUUGAGAAGUUUAACCAUGACAGUGAUGUGAUGGGAGACUCACUGAUGAGCAGUGCUGGUGAAGACCUGAGUGGGACGUCUUCUUGAUUUCGGUGGCUGUGUUUUGUGUGGUGGAUUCAUUCAAAAAAGUUAUUCGAAAUUGAGUUAAAAGCUGCUUUGGAGUAAACAACAAAUAGAGGAAUUGUAUAAAGUUGCUUUAAUAUGUUCUGUAGUUCAGUUCAGCUGGUCUUUGGUUACUUCCAUUAUGAUUGUGUAUAGCUAAGAUUCUCAUGAUUUUACCUGAAUUUUAAAGUAAUAUCCUGUCGUGGUUUGGUAAAUGCGCACAUAAUGAAAAGCCAAAAAAAUCACACUACUUCUUAUUUUCUAUUUAUUGUGAUUAUAGCAGUAACUCAUGGGAUUUGUGGGAAAACCCUGUCAAGAAAUUUGACUUAAAUAAUCAUAGAGCAUACUGUACUGUAGGUAGUCCUUAUUAUAUUAUUAUACCCAAGCCCCAGUUUCAGAACGCAGUGUACUGUACAGUCCAUCAUGUGUCUAAAGUGAUACUUGCUCAAUAGCGUUGCAGUGUUAAUUAUCGUUUGGGUUUUUUAUCCUGUCAUCUGUGUUUAAAUCCCAGCUUAUAAUACAGUACUGAAUUAUACAGGGUUUUUCUUCUCAGUGUGUGGGUAUCGAUGAAAAUAUUUAGUGUGAUUUGUUUGAAUGUUUAACAUUUUUUAAGAGACCUGCUUUAAAAUGUUCUCAGAGGGGUGUAUUUUUUAAAUGUACUGUACAGUAAGUGACACAUUUAUUUAUUUAUCUAUCUAUCUAUUUAGUUAGUUAGUUAGUUAGUUAGUUAGUUAGUUAGUUAGUUAGUUAGUUAGUUAGUUAGUUAGUUAGUUAGUUAGUUGUUUUAUUUUAUUUUAUUUUUAUUUCCCAAAACAAUAAUUGUCCCUCAGCAAAAUGUAAAUCUUUACUUAGUGAGGAAUCUCCAAGUGAAGUCAAUUUGCUUAAGUAAGCAUGUAAUAAAAAAACUUGAAAACUUGUAACAAGGAUAUUAUUUGAUAAUUAAUGCAAACUUUCUCCAACUGUAUGAUGUGAAAGAUGAAAUACAGUGAAAGCUAGCACAUACCUGACUCGGGAGUUCUUCAGUGUUUUCAUAGAAGGACUUUGAAUUUAGCAUCUAGGUGCAGCUUCUCUCAGUCUCAUGCUGAGGCCCUGUUUUCCUUCCUGUUUUUCAUCCCCAACAGGCCUUAGAAU